AUGGGUAUUCUAGGCUUGUCAAAGUUAAUAGCAGACGUAGCUCCGGAAGCUAUCAAAGAACGAGAAUUAAAGCAUUAUUUUGGUCGCAAGAUUGCUAUUGAUGCAUCUAUGUGUUUGUAUCAGUUCCUUAUAGCUGUCCGUAGUGAAGGAGCGCAGCUUACUACUGUAGAUGGUGAAACAACCAGCCAUUUAAUGGGUACGUUUUAUCGUACCAUACGCAUGGUAGAACAGGGGAUAAAGCCUGUAUAUGUAUUUGAUGGAAAACCACCCAAUCUGAAAAGUGGAGAAUUAGCUAAAAGAGCUGAAAGAAGGGAUGAGGCACAGAAACUCCUGCAGGCUGCCGAAGAAGAUGGAAAUGUGGAAGCUAUUGACAAAUUUAAUAGGAGAUUGGUUAAAGUUACGAAAACUCAUGCUGAUGAAGCUAAAGAAUUGCUUCAUUUAAUGGGUAUACCUUAUGUUGAUGCUCCUUGCGAGGCUGAAGCACAGUGUGCCGCUUUAGUGAAAGCCGGUAAAGUUUUUGCCACUGCUACGGAGGAUAUGGAUGCGCUCACUUUUGGAUGCAAUGUGCUACUUCGACGUUUAACCUUUAGCGAAGCCAGGAAGUUGCCAGUACAGGAGAUUCAUUUUGAUAAAGUUCUUGCAGGCUUAGAACUAAAUCAUAAUGAAUUUAUUGAUCUCUGUAUUAUGUUGGGUUGCGAUUAUACAAAUAGUAUCAAAGGGGUUGGUCCAAAAAGGGCAAUAGAGUUAAUAAAAAAUCAUAGGUCUCUUGAAAAAAUUAUCGAAAACAUAGAUAUCAAGAAAUAUCCUAUUCCGGAAGAUUGGAAUUACAAAGAGGCAAGAUUAUUGUUUCAAGAACCAGAAGUGUCGAAUUCAGAUGACAUCCAGUUAAAAUGGUCCGAACCCGAUGAAGAGGGAUUGGUGAAAUUUUUGUGUGGUGACAAGCAGUUUAACGAGGAACGUGUUAGAAACGGAGCCAAAAAACUUCACAAGGCUCGAAACACGUCUACGCAAGGCCGAUUGGAUUCAUUUUUCAAAGUUUUACCGAAUUCAACUCCGACUCCAAAGCGAAAGGCAGAAGAAAAAAAACUUCCGGCUAAAAAAGCAAAGGCAGGUAACAGCAAAUUUCGCGGUAAAGCAAAGUGAGAGUAAUUUUGUAAAUUUGAUAAGAACGUAUAGCAAUGCUAAUAGUGUACUUUUGUAUAAAACGCUAUCUCGAUACAGUUGAUACACGUGUCGCGUAUUUAUAAAUUACUACACUGCAUUUUCAACUG